AAAAAAAAAAAGGGAAAAAAAAAAAAAAAGCAAAAAAAAAAAAAAAAAGCCGAGCGAGAGAAAAAAGGGCCCCGGCCGCAGCGCCGCCGCCGCGCCGAGCCGAGUCGCGCCGAGCGGCGGGAGCGGAGGGGGCGGCCCCGGGGCCGCCGCUGCCGCCGCCACCAGGGAGGAUCCGCCGCGGCGCUGCUCCAAAAUGCACAGGACCACCAGGAUAAAGAUCACCGAGCUCAACCCCCACCUGAUGUGCGCCUUGUGCGGCGGCUACUUCAUAGACGCCACCACCAUCGUGGAGUGUCUGCACUCCUUCUGCAAAACCUGCAUCGUUCGCUACCUGGAGACGAACAAGUACUGCCCCAUGUGUGAUGUCCAAGUGCACAAAACCAGACCCCUCCUCAGCAUCAGGUCGGACAAAACCCUCCAGGACAUAGUGUACAAACUGGUCCCGGGGCUUUUCAAAGAUGAGAUGAAGAGGCGGCGCGACUUCUACGCAGCCUACCCCAUGGCCGAGGUUCCUAACGGCUCCAACGAAGAUCGCGGGGAAGUCUCCGAGCAGGACAAGGGGAACCUGACGGACGACGAGAUCGUCAGCCUGUCCAUAGAGUUUUACGAAGGGUCGAGAGAGGAGAAGAAAGCGACUGUUGAGAAUGGGGACCUGGAGAAGGAGAAGAAGAACGGGGUCCGGUUCCUGCGCUGCCCCGCUGCCAUGACCGUCAUGCACCUGGCCAAGUUCCUCCGCAACAAGAUGGACGUUCCCAGCAAGUACAAGGUGGAAGUCCUCUACGAAGACGAGCCCCUGAAGGAGUAUUACACCCUGAUGGACAUCGCCUACAUCUAUCCCUGGAGGAGGAACGGGCCCCUGCCGCUGAAAUACCGCGUCCAACCCGCCUGCAAGCGGCUCAAGCUGUCCCAGCCGGCCCCCUCCGAGUGCACCAACACCAGCGGCGCCUCCGAGUGCGAGUCGGUCAGCGACAAAGCCCACAGCCCCGCCACGCUGCCCGCCACCUCCUCGUCCCUGCCCAGCCCCGGCACCCCGUCCCACGGCUCGCCCAGCUCCACCGCCGGCAGCGGCCCCCCCGGCACGGCCGCCGCGCUCAACGGCACCUCGAACUGCCACCCGCCGCAGCCCGCCGCCGGCCGGUGCCGCAAAACGACUGUCAACGGCAGCACGGCCUCCGCCUUGACCUAAGCGUCGGCAGAACAGGGACUCCUGGCUGGGUUUUAUAUAUCUAUAUAUAUUAUAUAGAUACAUAUAUAAAUAUAUAUGUGUACAUAGGGAGAAAAAAAAAAAAAAAUUAUACAUACUUAUUUUCUAUUGAUUGACCAGAUUAAUUUAAAAUGCAAAUAAGACACAUAAAUGUGGUUGAAUAUUUUUUAAUGAUUUUUUUUUUUUUUUUUUUAAAUUUAAACUUAUGUAAGCUGCAUGCCGGAGCUGGGAGCCACACAGGCGCUGCCACCUUCCUUGCUCGUUUUCUCUUAACGCUUUUCCCUCUCCUCCCCAUCCCUCUCCCCUCGCGCCCGCCGGGAGCGAGACGGGGCCGGGAGCGGCGACUCCCGGCUGCACAGGUAAGGGCCAAGCACAGGUAAGGGCCAAGCACAGAAGCCAAAAACUUCCCCCCAGCCCCACCGUGCCCUGCGGUUUUUACCUUUUUUUUGUGUUUCUUUAGGGGUUUUUUUUUGGCACCAGGUUUGAUAACAUGGUGCCGGUGGCCAGCUGGGACCACUGGUCCCUUUGUUGGCAUCGAGCAUCACUUGCCCGUGUUGCCCCCCCGGUUUUUCCUUGCCGUGCAUGCUUCUGUUUCUUUUUUGCUUUCCCUGUGUGGUCUCCGGACAGUGUUUCAGGCUCUGAUCUAGCAAAGCCUCACCCAGACGCUUCCCUUUAUGCACAGUAAGGAGGGUUUUUGGGUUUUUUUGUUUUUCUUUUCCAGCUUAAAAAAAUUAAUACUUCCAACCUGGCGGUGAAGGGCCAGCCGUCCCAGGGGGAGGAGCACAAGCCCCCCUGAAUAUUGGUUUCUCCUUUCCAAGGGAGCUGCCACCUCCCCGGCCGGGAAAUUUUGGCUGAGGGCAUCUAAACCGGUGGGGGUGGCUCCGGCAGUGCUGGGUGAGGCUGGGUGGGACCCAGAGGCCGCGGGACCCCCAGCCGCUGGCUCCCCACUCACCUCCGUGGCUUCAGCGUCACGUUUCAGAGCAUUUAUUUUUGUUCCCGCCCUGUCCUUCCUUACCUUCUCCUGUCCCCACAUUGGGUUUUUAAAAAAAGAAAAUUAAAAAAAAUAAGACUACAGUGCCUUUAGCCAGGAGGCUUCGGUGAGGGGCGAGCGGGGGAAGGUGCUGCUGCGGGUCGGGCGGGAGCGGAGCGGCACCGGCAUCGCCGGCUGCCCCACACGCUCCGGGGAAGGGACCAACUUUCUAUAUUGACCCCAAAAAAAAAAAAAGCACAUUAGCCCCAGGGAGCGGAGAGCCCGGGGGGUUUCUCUCCCGCCCUUGCUGGGGACGGGGGAUGAACGAAAAAAAAAAGAAAAGUGCCUGCAGCACCCGGACAGCACCCCACGGCCAGGCAGCGGCCGCAGCCACCCCCAGCAGCACGGUGAGAACCAAAGGAAAGCGGCACGGGAAUUGUAUGAACAGCCCGACUCCAAAGGUCAGGAAACAUGGGAUGUUGUUAUUGUAUUUUUUUUUUUUUUUUUUUUUUUUUUUUUUGAAGUACUGCACCCCCAUCGUGGACUCGACAGCGGCACCUUUGCUAUAGCACAGCCCGGGCUCCGCUGCCCUCCGGGCACUGGGGCCGGGGCCCCUUUUGUUUCUCUCUUCCCCGUCCCUGGGGCUGGACCAGGGGCUCAAAGCAAUGUGGGGGGGCUCCAUUUGUCUUGACUUUGACACCCCUUUUCUCCUUGUAAAUAGGCCAAAAUGGACUGAGGGAGGCAGCUGAAGUGCCUCAGUCUGGGGUUUGUGUGGGGCUCUUGGGAGGGGUUGUUUUGUUUUCUGUUUUUUCCUAUAUGGUACAAACCAAAUUGCUCUGUAUGUUUGCAUCCUGUACAACGUUUUAAUGUCUUGUAAUAUAUUCUGAUAUUCAUAUAUUGUUAUUGGUUAAACAUUUGUAUAACUAUACAGCUUUGUAAAUGUAAUAAAUGCUGCAGACUGUCCUUCCCUUCGUCUGCCUGUACGGAUGCAGCUGCCCGGGUCCCUCCGUCCCCUGUCUCAGUGGGCACCCGCCGCUCUGGAAAUGCCAAAACCGCUCCUGAAAGUCCCACGAUCCAGUAAUUUUUUUUUUUUUUUUCCCCCGCAGCCAGCGCUGAGCCCCCGUUUAUCCUUGGCAGGGCCCCGGGGGGGCAGAACCCAAAACUCCUGUCCCCACGGUGGGGUGAGGCUGGUUUGCUGCAGCUGGUGGCGGCUCUCAGGGCUCAGUAAUUAAGGUUAAUUGGGGUGGGAGCUGAGCUGGGCAUCUCCCUCCCCACACCUGAGAGGGCUGAACAUCCCCGUGGUCCCCAGCCCCCCGGGGGCUCCGUGACCUCCAUCCCUGGGGGGUGCAGCC